ACAGGUGGAAUGUCGGUGUCCGGUUAGCCAAGAACCUCUUUCGAAAUUGUUGCUUUGUUAUUAAACGAAUUUUUGUGUUUGUGUUUGACGAUGUGACACGAUGAGUUUGAAACCAGGACGAGUUCUCAAGGAAUAAAUAUUUCAAUCGUGGCAAUUUGCAUUUUAUCAAAAGGACCUCGAGCACGGUAUGCCCGCUCUUCGCCUGUUCGGAAGGAAGUGGUUAGCCGCCUCGGACGACCUGGUUUUCCCCGGAUUAUUCGAAAUUUUCAUCAGGACACUAUGGCUGAUAUUGAUCGUCGUCGUACACGUGAAAUACUACGAAGACACUUGGGAAUGCACACGUGGGGGCGAUUACGUCCGGACUUACAUCAUUGGCAUGAUGGCCCUCCUUAGUCUCGUCAUAAUCGUCCUUGUGGCUCUAGUCAAUCGGAGUGCCAAAGGAUCAAUCACGGAUGAAGAGGCACGAAAGCUCGUCCCUCCAAUCUUACUCCUCAAACUGUUCCUUAUCAUUCCUGAAACAGUCCUCAACGUUUUCGGGACGAUGUGGGCGUUUUGCAAGGACCUAGUCGUGUGUCCUUACGAAGGACACUUCUCCAGGACUGUCAUUGAAGCUUUAGUCGUUUUCAAUUGGGCUCUCUUUGGGUUAGCGAUCUUCGGACUGGCUCUAGUGUUUGAUCCUCUGGGAUCUCGCCGAUACCAUGAAGUCCAGGAGACACCCAGCGCUGGGGAGUCUCUCCGUCAUCGGAAAGUCACCAGUUUGUGGCAGAGGAGAUUCCGAUGGGCUUUCUGUUGGGUGAAAUCCGACGAACAUGGACACGAAGCAUUUCAACAAGUCGCUGCUCUACUCAGUGCUCUCUUCAGAAGCACAGAUCUUGUCCCUUCUGAUAUUUUAGCCGGUUGUGUGCUUCUCAGGGUGAAGCAAAAACGGGAAACGCGAGAAAUGAGACGAAUACAAAUGUUAUCUGAUGAUGAACCCAAAUAUAGCACAGACUUAAAUCGAAUUUUCGCAAUUGCUCCUCGUUGGAUGAAUCUAGAAAAUGCCCGACAUUUCUUGCGACUCUCUAUGGCGGCCUAUGGUUGGCCUUUUGUUAUGUAUAGGUACUGCGGAACUGGUUUGUUUCGGUUGUUGGGAGAAGUCACGUGUUGUUCGUGUUUUCGUCCAAAAAGGACUUUAGUAACGGACGAUAAUUGUUGUUUGUGUCAUUUAGCAGGAGUUAAAUACAUGUCAAAAAUCCGGGAAGAAGACAUCUUGUUUGCCUCUUUCAGAAACCACGUUUUCGAAUUGCCGUUCUGCGUGAUCGCCGAUCACAAAACCUCGAAUAUUGUGAUAGCGAUCCGGGGUUCGAUUUCCCUCCGCGAUAUGUUCACCGAUUUGACGGCAACUUCGGAGAAGUUCGAGGCCGAGGGUCUUCCCCCGGACACCAUGGCUCACAAAGGGAUGAUGUGUGGGGCUAGCUACGUGGCGAGGAGACUCAAAGAAGUGAAUAUUUUGGAUAAGGCCCUCGAGAAGUAUCCCGAAUACGGGUUGGUUUUGACAGGCCACAGUCUGGGUGCCGGCGUUGCUUGCCUUCUCGCUCUCAAAAUCAGACAUAAAUAUCCUGAUCUCAAAGUGUACGCUUUUUCAACUCCAGCCGGCCUCCUGAGUCGUGAUGCUGCAAGACUGACAGAAAACUUCGUCUUCACGGUCGGCGUCGGCGACGACUUCGUGAUGCGUCUAGGAGUGGACAGCAUCGAGAACCUGAGGACCGGCAUCAUCCAGACUCUUCAUGCCAGUAGGUUGCCGAAGUAUCGAAUUCUGUUGAAUGGAUUCGGAUAUGCUCUCUUUGGGGUUCCCUCACGUGAUUUGGAAACCACGUGGAGGGAUGAAAUGGCAACAGCCCCAGGGCGGUCACCACUUUUGAAUCGAUCUAUUCCCACAGUGGCAGCAUCGACGGAGGCUGCUCUUUUAUCUCGUGACAUUUGCGUGAGGAGGUUUUCCAAAACUCGCCUGUUUACCGCUGGACGUAUUUUGCACAUAGUUAGUAGGAAAAAGACCAAAGCUGAAAGGAAAGCUGGGACCGGGGGACCAAGUUUUGAAAUGAGAUGGGCCACAGCUGAGGAUUUUAUGGAACUUAAAGUUAUGCCGAGGAUGUUAUUAGACCACUUGCCAGAAAAUGUUUAUAAAACUUUAGACACUGUUCUUAGGGAGCAAAGAGAUGAUGUUAGUGAGAUCAUUUAGGACGAAAAACCUCGAUAUUGUUGAAUUCUUUUUACGUUUCUUAAUAUCUUCUAAACAUUCCCAAUGAAUACUUUUUAUUUUUUUUUUGAUUUUUUGCAUCUGUUGAUCGAUUCUGUAUUUAUAUAUAUUUUUUAUAUUAAGAUUAUUGUAAAUAAAACCUAUUUCUAUAA